AUGGGUCUUCUGCCUGCAGUUGUACUGGUAGCUUUCGCUGCCCUCUGCGCCACGGUCGACGCCAUUCCUACCAUUUCUGCAGUCGGUAUUGCCUACCAAUUGACUGAAGACGACCCUCUUGUGAAUACCACACAAUGUCAACUGGAUGCUGCUCUCAUGCAGCAGUUGGGUGCCAAUGCAAUCCGAGUCUAUCAUGUGGAUGCCUCGGCGGAUCAUCGGGGCUGCAUGAAUGCAUUCGCUGCUGCCGGGAUCUAUGUCUUCGUGGACAUGGACAGUUUCAAGACAUACAUUCGAUACGGAACCGAAUCCUCGUGGACCGCCCACAAAUCUGCGUCGUAUCGCGCCGUCAUGGACAAUUUCCAACAGUACGACAACACCGCUGGGUUGUUUGUGGGCAACGAGGUUCUCAAUGUUUUGGCCGAUGCCCAAGCUGCCCCUUUCCUUCUCUCCGCUGCGGUCGAUCUGAAGACAUAUCGAGAUACCAAAGGAUACCGCAAGAUUCCCGUUGGCUAUUCGGCGACGGACACGGCUGUCCUGCGACCGAUGCUGCAGAAUUACCUGGUGUGCCGUCCUAACGUGACUGAGCGCCUCGAUUUCUACGCCUUGAACAGCUACGAGUGGUGCGGGUCCACCCCCACUUACCGGUCCUCAGGAUAUGUCGGUCUUCAAGCAGAUGCGGAAAAUUACCCGGUGCCGAUUUUCUUCUCGGAAGAUGGCUGCAAUACAGUUCCGCCACGAACAUUCAAUGACCAAGCGGCGAUCUUUGGUCCUGACAUGGUCGACACGUGGUCGGGGGCAAUGAUUUAUGAAUGGAUCCAGGAAAUGAACCAAUAUGGACUCGUCUCUUAUGGGCCGCCGCUGGGGAGUGAUGUGAACCAAGGAUCAAGUAUCAUUCAGGGGUUCACCCGUCAAGGGACUCCGACACCUGUGCAACCAGAUUUUAGCAACCUUUCAGAGCAGUGGAAGACCCUGAAUCCCACCGGAGUCCAGUCGGCCGAAUACGCGGCGACAUAUACGACUUCUCCGCCGGCUUGCCCGACUUCCACCCCGGGAGGAUGGACGGUGAAUCCCGGCGCCCCUCUGCCCACGAUGGGAACAGGGGACGUCUCAGCAGUCACCCCAUCCUCGGGUAGUGAAAGUACUACCUCAGGCGCCGCCAGUUCUUCCACUGCCCAAGGUGCAGCAGGCAGAAUUGCUUCCGGAUCUCCCUUGUUGGAUGACGCUGGAAUCGUGGCCACGGUGGUUGCAUUGAUCUCCGUUGGCGCCGGAGUGACUUUUUGGUUGUGA